AUGAGAAAAUUAGAAAAUUAUACCGGGGAGUAAGCUAGAGCUUAUAAGAAAUUCGCUUAAAAAGCACAAGGAAGCAGAGCUGACUUUGAGGCAGAUUGUAAAAUUUUCAUUUUAUUUUAAGUAAAUUUUAAUGAGGCUCCGAGUAAAUUUGUGAAAUCGAAUGAGUCAAAGUAAACUCUGAAGUCAAUUAAAGAUUAAAUAGAUUAUUUUGGAUAUGAAAUUGAACCUUUUAAUAUGAAGAAUGAGCGAGAUGUGGGUAAGUUUGAUGAUGGUGGAUAUUUUGUAUUUGAUAAAGCAAAAGACAAAUCAGUAAAGUAUAAAUCAUUUUUUAUUAGUGAUGCUUGGUUAGAUUAAUUAGAUUAAAGUAACAUGUUCUAAGAGCUUCAAGAAAAGGCUUAAGCCGAAAACUCCAAAAAAAUAUAGAAAUAAUUAAAGGAAGCUAACAAAAAUUAUGAAAGAAGAAUGUAGAAGCUAAGGGGAGAUGGCUUUUUUAGUUCAACUAAGUUUGGCUCUAAAGCUGAAGCUGAAGAAUUCUAUUAGAUCAAAAAACAAGAAAAUCAUGAAGAGUAACAAGAGGUAGAAGUAGAAGCUAAUUAAUAAGUAGAAGAAAAAUCAAAAGAAUAAUAACAAAAUUAAUCAGAUGAAUAAGAGGUUAAAUUGGAACUGCUACAAAUUGAGUAGCUAAAAGAAAUUCUUUAUGAACUUCUUGAAGAAAAUGAAAACGCAAAUUAGGCAAUGAAAAGGGUGAGAUCAAAAUUAGCAAGUAAUCAAAAGAAGGUGUUUAAAAAAAAUGUUAGGAAAGAUAAUACUGAACAUAAUGAUAAAUAAGACCAGAAGCCUUAAGAAAAUAAUAACGAAGCUAAAGAUGAAGCAAAAUAGACAUUAGAUAUCUUGGUUGACAUCUGUACAAUAAUAGUAAAGAAAUCAAAUGACCCUUCUAUUUAUACUAUAAAAAAAGAAGAAUUAGUACCUAAAAAGGUCUCUCGUUUGGAAGAAGAUGAUAUAUUUUGA